AUGUCUCUCCCAUCUUCCUCUACUUCCCCGCCAACAACACCCCCUCGACUGGGCAAAGCAAACAGACCACCAUCUUCACCAUUACGACCGAACUCUCCUGGAGCCCCUUCGCCCACACCCACCCCACCUCCUGCCAAUAUACCAGCUGGCCUGACAUCUCCAAAGAACCAACCAGGAAGUCUGCCCUCUGGCUCGGGCUCCCAUCUUGAACGUUCGAAGAGUUCGAAGACAAGAGCAAGGGACCUCUUGCGGAAACAUUAUGGAUUAGGUGCAGGACCACCCCCACCAUCGGGUAGACCGAUGGAUCCUAUGGAUCUAGAUUCGCCCGCAUUUGAUGCUAAAUCGUAUUACGAGCAAUUGAUCACUACUUCGUCGCUCACCACUCUCUUGAAGAAAGAGAACGAACUCCUACACGAUAUGCGAGAGCUCGAUAGCGACCGCCAGUCUCUAGUAUACAAUCAUCAUCACGAGCUCAUCGCCGCCACAGACACCAUAUCCGCUAUGAAGACAAGAGCCGAAAGCCUAGAUGCAGAACUGGACCUGUUGAAGGUCGCUUUCUCGGAGAUUUCGCGUUUGAGCGCCGAAGUAUCCAUUGAACAGCACUCUCCUGAUCCAUCACGCAGCCCUGGCGCAGAGCAUCGUUGA